CCCACCGCGCCGCCGCGCCCCGCGCGUGCGCUCCCGCCCUGCGCCCUGAGAGCCCGGGAGGGCGAGCGCACCUGGCCUCGGCGACCGCUGGAGCUGCCUGGCGCUCCCGGAGCUGCCUGCGGUCUCCCCUCGUCUGCCCUGUUGGAUUGGCGCGUCCGGUCCCUCCGCGGCCCGGAGUGCGCGGAGCUGGGAGCGGCUUGGCCAUGGCUGUGAGGAGGGACUCCGUGUGGAAGUACUGUUGGGGAGUUUUGAUGGUUUUAUGCAGAACUGCGAUUUCCAGAUCGAUAGUUUUAGAGCCUAUCUAUUGGAAUUCCUCGAACUCCAAAUUCCUACCUGGACAAGGACUGGUACUAUACCCACAGAUAGGAGACAAAUUGGAUAUUAUUUGCCCCAAAGUGGACUCUAAAACUGUUGGCCAAUAUGAAUAUUAUAAAGUUUAUAUGGUUGAUAAAGAUCAAGCAGACAGAUGCUCUAUUAAAAAGGAAAACACCCCUCUCCUCAACUGUGCCAGACCAGACCAAGAUGUAAAAUUCACUAUCAAGUUCCAAGAAUUCAGCCCUAACCUCUGGGGUUUAGAAUUCCAGAAGAACAAAGACUAUUACAUUAUCUCUACAUCAAAUGGGUCUUUGGAGGGCCUGGAUAACCAGGAGGGAGGGGUGUGCCAGACAAGAGCCAUGAAGAUCCUCAUGAAAGUUGGACAAGAUGCGAGUUCUGCUGGAUCAAGCAGGAGUAAUGAUCCGACAAGACGUCCGGAGCUCGAAGCUGGUACAAAUGGAAGAAGUUCAACAACAAGCCCCUUUGUCAAGCCAAACCCAGGUUCGAGCACAGACGGCAACAGCGCCGGACAUUCGGGGAACAACAUCCUCGGUUCCGAAGUGGCCUUAUUCGCAGGGAUUGCUUCAGGAUGCAUCAUCUUCAUCGUCAUCAUCAUCACGCUGGUCGUCCUGCUGCUCAAGUACCGCCGGCGGCACCGGAAGCACUCGCCGCAGCACACGACCACGCUGUCGCUGAGCACGCUGGCCACGCCCAAGCGCAGCGGCAACAACAACGGCUCCGAGCCCAGUGACAUUAUCAUCCCCUUGAGGACUGCGGACAGUGUCUUCUGCCCGCACUACGAGAAGGUCAGCGGGGACUACGGGCACCCGGUCUACAUCGUCCAGGAAAUGCCACCGCAGAGUCCGGCCAACAUUUACUACAAGGUCUGAGCUAGACCCUGGCGGUACCUUCGCCUCCGUUGGGCCCCCGUGUGCUGGCGAACUGACGGCCCAGCAUUGGGGCAG